GCUCGGAUGUUUCCGGACGGGGGCGGAAAUGGCCGAAGGCCGGCGGCGGCGGCCAUGUUGGGAGCCGCUGCUGUGGGAGAGUGAGAUGCGCUGAGGGGAGCCGGAUCUCGGGGCGGAGAAGGCGGCUUGGCCGGGGGCAUUCGGCCUCCGGAUUUUAGCCCCGGCUCCGCGCAGCCUUCGCCUACGCGCAAGCCCGGUUGGCGGCGGCGCGGCUCGGUCCCUGCGCCUCAUCCCAGGGUUCGCCUGAGCCAUCGGGCCGGGCUCUCCUCACCGCGGCCCGGCGGAGACCCAUGUCCGAGCCCGGGCGUCCUCCGGCUCCCUGAGUCCCCCCUUCCCCCUGGGGCUCCCCCAUGGUGGUGGCUUGGCCGCCCCCCAGCGGUGUGAGGAGAGCCCCGGCCUGAGCCCCAGGAACUGCCGGAGCCGCUGGCCAAGGGGGGGCAAGAUGUCGAGCAGCGGCCGGAGCCCCCUCCCCACCGUGAAUGAGAGAGACGCGGAGCAGGCUGAGCAUUUCCUUCUCACACUCACGGACUGAAGAGCCCUGCCCAUUGCAACCGAGGGUGGGGCAGGCAACUUCCUGUGGGGGAAGAAUCGUGGGUUGCUGUAACUCUAUCCUUCCGUUCUCCUCCCACCUUGCCCAGUGGGAAGAAGUGCUAGUGGGUUAUGGUGGAAGUUUGCCUUCCUCCCUUGAUGGAUCUUGGGACUCAAAGCCAGACUACACCCUGAAGCUCUCGGUAAUCCCAGUGCUUCUGCUACCUGUGGUGCUUAUUAGAGAAGUUGCAGAGUUAGCCUGAAACUGAUGAAUUACAAAACAGGCCGGGCUCUGGGUUAGCAAUCAGGGAGAUUGCGAAAGGUGUGGCUUGCUCAGGUAUCGAAGGCGGAGUCCCAUUGCCAGUUGGUGGGGGAAGUGGCUUGCCUGGGCUGUUCCUGUACUUUGCUCCUUCUGAAGAGUUUCACUUUGGCUGCUGCCGUUUGUUACUACUCUCCUUCGCCACUUCAGAAGAGGGAUUGCGGAGGCUAACAAGGAGAGAUGAGACAGCUUUGUUCCCUGGCGUGCCUCUUCCCACAAACGCAUUCAGAAUAAGUUGGAGUUGUUUUCCCUCUCUUACCGGCUGGCUGAAGUGAUAUAAAUGAGGUGGGAGAGACGUUUCCAUUUGGGGUCCGGAAUGGAGAGCCAAUGAGAUACAGCGUCUGCCCUUCCAGACUACAGACGCUACAGAGAAGGCGCUUGCGCCACAGUUGCUGAGAUUGUGUGAAGGGAGGGGGAGAAGACGGCUUUUGAUGAGCAGAGGGAGCACAUACACAAGGCCCAUGGCUGGACCGACACUGGGCCACACAGAGUCCAAAGCCAGCAGCAAGUCCAACAUGCUGCGGGGCCGCAACUCUGCCACCUCCACCGAUGAGCAGCCGCACAUUGGGAACUACCGCUUGCUCAAGACCAUUGGCAAGGGCAACUUCGCCAAGGUCAAGUUGGCGCGCCACGUCCUGACGGGGAAAGAGGUGGCUGUGAAAAUCAUUGACAAGACGCAGCUCAACUCAUCAAGCCUGCAGAAGAGCCAGAUGCUUCAGAGAGCCAGUGCUGACACGCAGGGGCAUCACCCACAAAGGCCCUGUCUACUCUGCACCGCGCUUCUCAUCACAAGAGAGAUCAGGCCCCAAAAUACUGUGCUGGCAGCUGACUCACUCCACACCAGAGGUGGCUCCACUUCAUCAGCAUUGCCCUGGGGCAGCUCUGGCCUCCUCUGUGGCAGAAGGUGCUGGAUGAGGUGGCAUCCCUUGAGACGACUCCAUUUCCAGUCCAAGCUCAAUCUCCUGGUGGUUAAUUGCUUGUGCUGGGUUCUCUCUCUAUCUUUUAUGUGGGGGGAGACACGUUGCAGACACCUGCCCAUGACCAGCUGCCUGAAGCUCUUCCGGGAAGUGCGAAUAAUGAAGGUUUUGAAUCAUCCCAACAUAGUUAAAUUAUUUGAAGUCAUAGAGACGGAGAAGACGCUGUACCUCGUCAUGGAGUACGCCAGUGGGGGUGAGGUGUUUGACUACUUAGUAGCCCAUGGAAGAAUGAAAGAGAAAGAAGCCAGGGCAAAAUUUCGACAGAUAGUGUCUGCUGUGCAGUACUGUCACCAGAAGUUCAUUGUACAUAGAGACUUGAAGGCCGAGAAUCUGCUGCUCGAUGCCGACAUGAACAUUAAAAUAGCCGACUUUGGCUUCAGCAACGAGUUCACGUUCGGGAACAAGCUGGACACGUUCUGUGGGAGCCCUCCCUAUGCUGCGCCUGAGCUCUUCCAGGGCAAAAAGUACGACGGCCCCGAGGUGGACGUUUGGAGCCUGGGUGUCAUCCUGUACACCCUGGUCAGCGGCUCGCUGCCCUUUGAUGGGCAGAACCUCAAGGAACUGCGGGAGCGGGUCUUGCGGGGCAAGUACCGGAUCCCCUUCUACAUGUCCACGGACUGUGAGAACCUGCUGAAAAAAUUCCUCAUUCUCAACCCUAGCAAGAGAGGCACUUUAGAGCAAAUCAUGAAAGACCGCUGGAUGAAUGUGGGGCAUGAGGACGACGAGCUGAAGCCCUACAUGGAGCCCGUCCCUGACUACAAGGACCCACGGCGGACAGAGCUGAUGAUCUCCAUGGGGUACACGCGGGAGGAGAUCCAGGAGUCGCUGAUAGGGCAGAAGUAUAACGAGGUCAUGGCCACUUACCUGCUGCUGGGAUACAAGAACUCAGAGCUGGACAAUGACAACAUCACGCUGAAGCCGAGGCCUGCGGCCGAGCUGGCCAACAGUAACGCCCCCUCCCCCUCGCACAAGGUACAACGCAGCGUCUCGGCCAACCCCAAGCAGCGGCGCUUCAGCGACCAGGUUCCUGCCAUCCCCACCUCCACUUCAUACUCCAAGAAGACCCAGAGCAACAAUGCGGAGAACAAGCGCCCCGAGGAGGAGCGUGAGGCUGGGCGCAAGGCCAGCAGCACUGUCAAAGUGCCCGCCAGCCCGCUGACUGGGCUCGAGAGGAAGAAGAGCACGCCCACCCCAUCCACGAACAGUGUCCUCUCCACCAGCACCAACCGGAGCCGGAAUUCCCCCAUGCUGGAGCGGACCGGCUUGGGCCAGAACUCCAUCCAGAAUGGCAAGGACAGUUUAACCACUCCGGGGUCCAGGGCUUCCACGGCUUCCGCUUCUGCCGCCGUGGGCUCCACGCGCCCACGCCAGCACCAGAAAUCCAUGUCUGCCUCCGUACACCCCAACAAGCCCACGCUGCCCCCCACUGAAAAUAACUGUGAGGCCCAAAGACCCAGCACUGCCCCCCAGAGGGUCCCAGGGGCUUCACCCUCUGCCCACAACAUCAGCAGUGCCAUCCCAGAACGCACCAACUUCCCGCGGGGCAUCUCCAGCCGCAGUACCUUCCACGCCGGGCAACUCCGGCAGGUCCGGGACCAGCAGAACCUUCCCUACAACGUACCACCUGCCUCACCCUCUGGGAACAGCCAGGGACGCCGGGGUGCCUCUGGCAGCAUCUUCAGCAAGUUCACCUCCAAGUUUGUGCGCAGAAAUGUGUCUUUCAGGUUUGCCAGAAGGAACCCGCAUGAGCCAGAGAGCAAAGACCGAGUGGAGACCCUCAGACCUCACAUGGUGGGUGGGGACAAGGAGCGGGAUGAGAACCGGGAUGCCAAGCCUCGCUCGCUGCGCUUCACCUGGAGCAUGAAGACAACAAGCUCCAUGGAGCCCAAUGAGAUGAUGAAGGAGAUCCGCAAGGUGCUGGAUGCCAACAGCUGCCAGUGCGAGCUGCAGGAGAAGUACAUGCUGCUGUGCAUGCACGGGGCGCCCGGCCACGACUCCUUUGUGCAGUGGGAGAUGGAGGUGUGCAAGCUGCCGCGGCUGUCACUCAAUGGUGUGCGCUUCAAACGGAUAACGGGCACCUCCAUGGCCUUCAAGAACAUUGCCUCCAAGGUGGCCAAUGAACUCAAGCUUUAACCAGCCCCCUGCUGCGCUGCACCCCACGUGCCCUGGGCUGGGACGAGGAGAUCCUGAGCUGCAGGAUCUCCCCACGGCGGUGUGCCAGAGGGCACUGAGACGCAGACCCUCCUCCCUCGAGCGGGGCGCCUGGGAGGGGCAUUGGAGAUGUUCCUGCCCACCUUGCAAGGACCCACAGCCAUGCACCAGGACAGGGGGUGCAGAAACAUGCCUCCUCUCCCCCACUGCUGUGCUGAGAUGCCCCCUGGCUGUUCACCAGGAGGGGGGGCACAGCUGCCUCCCGUGCAGACAUGCACCCCCCCGCAGUGCAUGGGGGGGCUGAGAGCCGCACACUCCUCCCCUCGCAGGAUUGUAAUUAAUUGGAGAAAUGUUUAUUUUUUGAUACCCUGGUGGGGGCGGCAGCAGAGACGGUUGGUGGGGGGCGGGCUGGGGGGGGUAGCAUACCCCCUGCUGCUGCCAGCAUGGGGGCUCCAGCAAAUCGUGGUACUGCCCCUCAGAUGCCUACCAUGCUGGCCGGGAGCUCUUACCAAAAAAA